UUGAGACCCAUCCCCCCCGGGUGCAGUCUGUGCUCACACUGUACUUCUCUGGGCUUCAGCUUCUUCAACCUUAAAGCAGAGUCUCCACACGUAGAUGACCAUGAAGUUUUCUUCCAGCUCUAUAAUAUCUGAUUCUAGUAAGAUGCUACAGUUGGUGUCAUGCAAGAAUCUACUUACACUGACUAAAACAGAAGGAUACUGGAAGACCAAUCAGAGAAUUUUAAGUCUGAAAAUUAAUAUCACUACCCUGAACAAUAUAGCCUUAGUUGGCAUAAACUAUUCAUACAGACAAAGGCACUAUCCAUCACAAUAAGCAGCUUUUGGCUUUUAUUUCAACUGGACAAUCGUGAUUAGAAGUUGAGAAGAUCCUGUGGCAAAAUUCAAGAAAAUUUGAUAUAAAUGAGUAACAGUUCAACAUGUAUUCAACCAUCCGUGAUCUCUUCCAUGGCUCUACCAGUCAUUUAUACCUUCCUUUGUAUUGUGGGUCUCUUUGGAAAUUCUCUCUCCCAAUGGGUAUUUUUAACAAAAAUAGGUAAGAAAACAUCAACACACAUCUACCUAGCACAUCUUGUGACUGCAAACUUACUUGUGUGCAGCGCCAUGCCUUUCAUGGGUAUCUAUUUCCUCAAAGGUUUUCAGUGGGAAUAUCAAUCUACACGAUGCAGGGUAGUCAAUUUCCUGGGAACUCUAUCCAUGCAUGUAAGUAUGUUUGCCAGCCUCUUAAUUUUAAGUUGGAUUGCCAUAAGCCGUUAUGCUACCUUAAUGAAAAAGGAUUCCAUACAAGAGACUACUUCGUGCUAUGAGAAAAUAUUUUAUGGCCAUUUACUGAAAAAAUUUCGCCAGCCCAACUUUGCUAGAAAACUAUGCAUUUACAUAUGGGGAGUUGUACUGGGCAUAAUUAUUCCAGUUACUAUAUACUACUCAGUUGUAGAGGCUACAGAAGGAGAAGAGAACCUGUGCUACAAUCGGCAGAUGGAACUAGGAGCCAUGAUCUCUCAGAUUGCAGGUCUCAUUGGAACCACAUUUAUUGGAUUUUCAUUUUUAGUGGUACUAAUGUCAUAUUACUCUUUUGUCAGCCAUCUGAGAAAAAUAAGGACCUGUACAUUCAUUAUGGAGAAAGACUUGAUUUACAGUUCUGUGAAAAAGCAUCUUCUGGUCAUCCAGAUUCUACUAAUAGUUUGCUUCCUACCACAGAGCAUUUUUAAACCCAUUUUUUAUGUUCUACACCAAAGCGAGGACUGUCAGCAAUUGAAUUAUUUAAUAGAAAUAAAAAACAUCCUCACUUGUCUUGCUUCAGCCAGAAGUAGCACAGACCCCAUUAUAUUUCUUUUACUGGAUAAAACAUUCAAGAAGACCCUGUAUAAUCUCUUUACGAAAUCUAAUCCACCACAUACACAACCCUGUGGUUGACUUCUGAAUGGAAAACACCAUGAAACAGAAGUGUUCGUGUGACUAUUAGGGACACUAAACUAUAUGAUUAACACAUCAUAGCUUGGUUGAUAGCAUGUGCUGAGAAAAUCUCUUCAGUUUUUAGAAAUUAAUAAAUAUAUAUAUUCAUAAAGCUCAAUUUACAGUUCUACUUCUACUGAAAGUUGAGAUGGCUGAGACUUUCAGAGGCAAAAGUUGAGCAUAUUCAAAGGAUCCCACUGUAUAUGAAACCAACAGACUAUUUUCUGUUUAAACUUGACCAUGAAUGCUUCUGUUCAGAACAUAAUUUUCAGCAGGAUAGAAAGCAAGUGGAUUAUGACUGAUUUGCUUUCUAGUAGUUGGAAUGUAAGGGUCUAUGAUUAGUGUUUGUCUGUUUUGUUGUAACGUUAAGAAACUUAAAAAAUGAGCAAAAGAAAAAAAUGAGUAAGAAAUUUCCAUAUUUGAAGUCCUGUCUAAAUGCAUGAAUAAUAUAGAGUAAAAAUCCAAGGUUUUAUAAACACAUUAUUUAUUUGUUAUUAUCUGACUCAAGUACUGGGAGAGGCAACAUUCACUGAUUCCCAUAUUUAUUAGGUAGAUAUUACUUAUAAAUGUGUUUAAAUAUUUGGAUUAGACUUUGUCAAAAGAAAAAAGCUCAUAAAAUGUCAUUGUAUGCCAAUAUUCACCACAUUUUCUGUAUUUUUCUUUGUAUUCAAUAUAAAUAAUGUUUUUAUUAAUUAUAUUUAUUCAUUGGUGAAGUAAAUGAAUGCUAGGCAGGUAAAUAGUACUGUAGUUAAGAGCUUGAUCUCUAGAGUUAGACUCUCUGGGUUGAAUUCUGGCUCCAUCUCUUAUUUAGCUGGGCAAUCUUAGGCAAAUUACUUACCCUGUUUAAGUGUUAAUUCCUUCAUUUGUAGAAUGGAACAACACUACCUAAUUCACAGGUACUGUUAUUAAAUCAGAUGAUGUUAUGAUAAGCAGCUAUUGCUGAGCACUUGUUAUGCUCCUGGCACUCUACUAUAUGCUUUCCAAGUAUUAUUUUAAUCAUCAUGACUCUAUAAUAUGUCAAUUUACUGAUAAAAAAACUGUACUGCAUAGAGUUAAGUAAGUUGCCCAAAUUUUCUCCAAUCUAUAAUAUUCAAAGAGUAAGCAUUUCUUUCUUACAUGUAAUCUUGUCAGUAAGACAAAUGAUGGUGAUUAUAUUCUGUAUUAUAUACAUUAUAAUAAAAAGUUUUUUAAAAAGUAUGCUUUAUCUUCCCAAAGAGAUCAAAAGUAUGUUUGGAACUAUGGUCCAUUUUCUAUAUCUACACCUUGUGGUACUCACCUUAUCCUCUCAGAUUAGAACCGAACAAAAAUAUUUUAAUACAAUUAGCCAUUAUUUGUAACAUGCCACUUUGUUAGAGACUGCUUAAAGACUCAUUUAUUCUUUAUAUGGUAAUUCAGUACUCAAAAAGGUUUAAAGUAAGUAUACAUAGCACUUCCAAGCCAUUAAUCUCAUAGCAUGUUUUAUUCUUGAAUUAGAAAAGUACAAGCAAUUCUAUGUACAGAUCCCUCAAGAGACAUUUGUUUAAAAAACACUGGAGGUUAUUCCAACAUAUCUGUAUAAUGUUCAUUAAAAAGGAAUAGAAAACAAAGAGAAAAUAUUUUUUCCUCCUUUUUCACUUCCAUGAGAGAAGAAAAUGUUCAGAAAAAUGUCUGAAAAAACAAAUUCUGGCCUCAAAUAU